AUGAGGUGGUGGGACCAACAGCAACAAGGCAUCUUUGCCGCAAUGGGCGAGGGUUGUGAGUCCACAUACUACCUGCGCUCGGGUGAAAACAUGAGGCCGCCCGCAUACAAGUUUGUACACGCGGUGAGCCUCAACAGCUCCAGCAAGCUGAACCACAAACCCCAACGUGAAGAAACAGAACGUGCCACAUGGGGUACGAACAGCUACGAGACAGAGACAUCCCGCGUUAGUGACGAUUGGGCAUGUGAUCUCCGAAUGUAG